AUGUCUCCCGCCGCAGAAACAAUAUCCAAGCCCGAAUUCGCCGCCCUCCUAGCCGCCUACCCAGCCCUCAUAGACUCCAUCCAGGCCAGAACCAGCACGUACAAGUUACAAUCAACCCGUCGUCAUCUCCCCCCCCCGAAACUAACCAUCAAAAUCACAGCAUCCCGGAAACCUAACCAAGAGACCCUCAAAGACCUUGACACCUUCCGCUACCACCGGGCCCCGCUCCUCUUCAGCCAGCAAUCCCAGCAAAUGACCCUCCCACACGUCCAACGCCUCGUCGAGUGGAAACUCCAAGCUGACAAGUUGCAAUGGCAUCCCCCGCCCGCCAGCCGCCACGGCAAAUUCCGCCCAACCCUCCAGUCGCUCAUCUCGUCCAACGCGCCCCUCGCCGCGCAGCAAGCAAUCUCGUCCGCCGUCAAGCUGUACCGGUCCAGCCCGCAGGCCAACGAGGUCCAGCCGGCCCUCGCCGCACUCACCCAGCUCAAGGGCGUAGGGCCGGCCACGGCAUCCCUCCUGCUCAGCGUCCACGACCCCCAAAACGUCAUCUUCUUCUCCGACGAAGCGUACCGCUGGCUCUGCCGUGGCGGUGCCGCCGCCGCGCCCAUCAAGUACACGGCCGGAGAGUACGCAGAGCUCAGCCGGCGGGCAGACGAGCUCGCGCGCAGGCUGGGCGUGUCCAUGAUUGACGUGGAAAAGGCCGCGUACGUCGUCGUCAGAGGGGCCAAGGAGCGCGCCGAGCCUGCAUCUGACAGCAAGAAGCGCGCGGGGGAGGACAUCGACCAGGCCGCGGAGGAGAGCGCGCGCAGACGGAACACUGGCCGGGCCGGGAUUCCCGACAAGGCUGGGCUGCGGAGAUCACAGAGGCACAAGACUUGA